UCCGAUUUUCUGAUUUUUGAUCUGGAAUUUUUGAGUGCGAGUGUGAUUUUGCAGUUUCGUGUGCUUUUUUUUCGUCUUUAAAAUAGUUUCUCAUUCUUCCCCACGCGUUGUAUCCGUCGCUGGAUGUUUUAGUAUGAUGGUAAUUUAAUUCCGAUAUCAUACAGUCGCACAGAUCGUUCUCUGUUUAAUUAUCGUGCGUUGGGAGCUGUCGCGCAGAAAUGGACGGCGAGGAAAAACGGACUUCGCGCGCGGAGCCCAGCGAGCGCAGAUCGGAUAAGAACCGCCCGUCUGCGCGCGAUGAUGAUCGAAAAAAGGAUGGAGAGAGGAACGGCGUUGAUGGCAAACGGAGGAGACAGCGUGAUGAUAGUCGGGAUCGCCAGAAAGAUGCCCAACAAUCAUCAUCAAGAAGACGUCGAUCGCGCUCGCGUGAACGCGACGCGAAGCGUCCACAGGACGACAAACCCGGCACACGCAACGGGGAGAAAUCACCGCGGAAAAACGAUGUAAAAUCCCGCAGCGACGAGAAGAAGCGCGGCCAGCCGGACAGCGAUGAGAAAAAGCGUCUGAAAAAUAAAUCAGCGGCAGAGGAUGGCGUGAAUAAGGCGGAGGAAGACGAGGAGGAAGAGGGGCAGAUUGUGGAGCAGAAAGGGAAGAAGGAGCCCUUCUCCCUGGAGGAGAUCCUGGCCAAGAAGAAGGCCGAGGAACAGGCGCAGGCCAAACCCAAAUUCCUCACCAAGGAGGAGCGUGUCGCCGAGGCAUUACGCAAACGCCAGGAAGAGGCGAACGCCAUGCGCGCCCGCAUGGACGAGGAGCGGAAGAAGCGCGAGCAGUUCGAGCAGGAAGCGCGUCGCACGGGGCGCCGCGGCGGCAGUCGCGAGCGGGAACGCGAGCAGCGGCGGUCGCGCUCGCGCUCCAACAGCCGCGAACGGGAACGCCGCCGCCGGGAACGGGAUCGGGAACGGGAACGCUCCCGGGAGCGACGGGAUCGCCGCGAAGAGGUCUUCAGCGAGACCGACGACUCCGAUCCGGAGCGUCGGGAACGGCGGCGCGCCGGGGCGGAGGGCGACGCGGAGAAGGACAAGGAUAAGGAGGAGCAGGCUAUCAAAGAGAGGUAUCUGGGUGUGACGCAGCGACGGCGGCGGCGUCAGCGGCGGCUGAACGAGCGCAAGUUCGUCUUCGACUGGGACGCCGGCGAGGACACCUCGCUGGACUACAACCCCAUCUACAAGGCCAAGCACCAGGUGCAGUUCUUCGGCCGCGGACACAUCGGCGGCAUCGACAUCAAGAGCCAGAAGAAGAACGCCAAAUUCUACCAGGAUCUGAUCGAGCACCGGCGCAACCACGAGGAGAAAGUCCAAGCUAAAGUGCACGAGGCCGCCAUCCGGCAGCGCGAGGCCAAGCAGCGCUUCGACGACCGGCACUGGUCGGAGAAGGAGCCGGACGAGAUGAACGAGCGAGACUGGCGCAUCUUCCGCGAGGACUUCAACAUCAUCGUCAAGAACGGCCGCGUGCCCAACCCCAUCCGCUCCUGGGAGGAGGCCAACGUCCCGCCGGAAAUCCAAGAGGUGAUCAAGAAAGUGGGCUACGCCUCGCCCACGCCGAUCCAGCGGCAGGCUAUCCCGGUGGGGCUGCAGAACCGGGACAUUAUCGGCGUGGCGGAGACGGGCAGCGGGAAGACGGCGGCCUUCUUGAUCCCGCUGCUGACCUGGAUCACCUCGCUGCCCAAGAUGGUGCAGCACGUCGACAUCGACCAGGGUCCGUACGCCAUUAUUAUGGCGCCGACGCGCGAGUUGGCGCAGCAGAUCGAGGAGGAGACCAUCAAGUUCGGCACGCCCCUCGGCGUCCGCACCGUCGCCGUCAUCGGAGGUUUGUCGCGCGAGGACCAGGGCAUGAAGCUGCGUCAGGGCUGCGAGAUCGUCAUCGCCACGCCGGGUCGUCUGCUGGACGUCCUGGAGAACCGCUAUCUGGUGCUCAACCAGUGCUCCUACGUCGUCCUCGAUGAAGCGGACCGCAUGAUCGACAUGGGUUUCGAGGGCGACGUGCAGAAGAUCCUGGACCACAUGCCGGUGAGCAACCAGAAGCCGGACACGGACGAGGCCGAGGACGAGGCGCUGCUGAUGAGCAACCUGCGCAGCAGCACCAAGAGCAAGUACCGCCAAACAGUCAUGUUCACCGCCACCAUGCCGCCCGCCGUCGAGCGGCUGGCUCGCACCUACCUGCGGCGACCCGUCAUCGUCAACAUCGGCACCGUCGGCAAGCCGGUCGACCGCGUCGAGCAGCAGGUCUUCAUGUGCUCUGAACAGGAGAAGAAGACCAAACUACUCAAGGUGCUGGAUGGCGGGGAAUUCGAGCCGCCGAUCAUCAUCUUUGUCAACCAGAAGAAGGGCGCCGACGUGCUGGCCAAGGGUCUGGAGAAGCUCAACUACUCGGCCACCACCCUGCACGGCGGGAAAGGGCAGGAGCAGCGUGAGUUCGCGUUGUCUUCGCUGAAGAACGGGAGCAAGGACAUUCUGGUGGCGACGGACGUGGCCGGGCGCGGCAUCGACAUCCAGGAUGUUUCCCUGGUGAUUAACUACGACAUGGCCAAGAGCAUCGAGGACUACACGCACAGGAUCGGCCGCACCGGGCGCGCCGGCAAAAAAGGCAAGGCCAUCUCGUUUCUGACGAAGGAAGACAGUCAUUUGUUCUUCGAUUUGCGGCAAGUGCUGAAGAACAGUCCCGUCUCGCACUGCCCGCCCGAACUGGACCGCCACCCCGACGCGCAACACAAACCGGGAACGGUGCUGACCAAACGCAAAAAAGAGGAGAAAUUGUUCUCCUGAAACAUUCCCCGUCAAUUCGUACUGGGCGCGGUGUGCCGUUAAUAACGAGGGAAUUAAAUGAAAAAAAAUUGAUUAAUUAUUGUGUUUUAUUGUGUAUUCCUUUGUUCCUGUUGCAUGCCAGUGGAAAGUUGGGAAACAUGUCCACAGAAUGGUAAGAACUGCCAGCUGUAAAAAAAAUCAACGACAGAAUGAUUUGCAAAAAAAGCGGAAAUUAAAAAUCGUAAUACGAAAAUAA